CCUAUUUCUUUUUCAGCUCUACAACAUAAUUGGUUUUAUCCAAGGCGAACAAUUCCGUUUAGGAAUAGCUGGUUUCUACCCGAGUCAUAUAAAACGGACUUUCCUGGUAAACCUAGUCACCCUUUUCAUUUACUCUAUAACCUUUGGACAAGCGACUGUGGUAAUGAACUUCGUUUUCUCUUCUACAGACCUGACAAAAAUAUCCGAAGUAUUUGCACUACUAAUGACCCAGUUUGGAUUUAUAAAUAAAUUGGUCAAUUUUCAUUUGAAUUGGGAAACUGCUUAUAAAUUAGAAGAAUUGCUUUCCAAGGAUAUAUUUACCAAACUUAAUGAAAAGGAAUUGCAUAUUCUGAAAAAGGCAUUCGAUAGAGCCCAAAAAGUGAUUAAUAUAUUUCUUAUUUUGUGUGUAUUGUGUCUUGUUUUAUAUGGAAUAUUUCCUGUGGUAGAUAACAAAGGUAGUGAAAAAAAAAACUAUCUGUUUCCAGGAAAAUUCCCUUUUAACCCAGAUAAAUAUUACCCAUUAAUUUAUGGAGUUGAAAUAUUAGCUCUUGCAAUAAGUGCAUGGAGUAAUGCAGCGUUAGAUUGCCUAUUUACAAAACACACUGUAAUCGCAACGACGUUUUUCACGAUAUUAUGUGAAAAAAUCAAAGGUCUGUUAGACAAUAUUGAGGAUGAAGUGGAAGUUAAGAUUAAAAAUUGUGCUAUUUAUUAUGAAGAAGUUAUUAAUUAUGUUUCCAUGAUAGAAAAAACGUUUUCCUAUGGCAUAUUUGUACAGUUUUUGUGCAGUGCUAUUGUAUUUUGUCUUACAGGGUUUCAACUUACUCUGGUGGUUUCUCACACACAAUUUGCCCUAAUGGCGAUAUAUUUUUCUUGCAUGAUGUGCCAGCUGGUUCUGUAUUGCUGGUAUGGACAUCAGUUAAUAGAAGAAAGUGACAGUGUUACCAACGCAUGUUAUGCAGUUAAGUGGGAAGAAAUGGGCGUGAAGGAACAGAAAAUGUUGAUGAUUAUAAUGGAAAGAGCCAAAAGACCCAUUGGAAUAAAGGCUGCUGGGAUGUUUGGGUUGAAUUUGUCUACAUUGAUGAAGAUUCUUAGAUCUUCAUACUCUUACUUUGCCGUUUUGCAACGAAUUUACAAGCAAUAAAAAAAAAACGAUCCGCAGUGAAAAGGACUAAAGGCCAAUGGACAUUUGAAUAGAAUUAGUAAAAAUUACACAUGCAUGCAUGCAC